AGCCAGGGAAGGAGGCGUGAGUGCAGCCGCUCUGCGGGCUCGGUUUCCUACAAAUAUACCACGAAAUUAUACUUUAUAAACCCAACCGACGCUGGAUCAGUAACAAUGGCUGAAGGUGACAACAAAAGCGCAAAUAUACUAGCUCAGGAAACGGCCCAGCUGGAGGAGCAGCUGCAGGGCUGGGGUGAGGUGAUCCUGGCCGGGGAUCGCGUGGUGCGCUGGGAGAAGCCGUGGUUCCCUGGAGCCCUGAUGGGUGCCACCACUGUGCUCUUCCUGCUGAUUUACUACUUGGACCCGUCUGUGCUGACUGGGCUCUCCUGCUCCGUCAUGCUGCUCUGCCUGGCUGACUACCUGGUUCCCACCCUCGCGCCCAGAGUCUUCGGCUCCAAUAAGUGGACCACCGAGCAGCAGCAGCGGUUCCAUGAGAUCUGCGGUAACCUGGUGAAGACCCAGCGUCGGGUUGUGGGCUGGUGGAAGCGUCUCUGUGCCCUCAAAGAGGAGAAGCCUAAAAUGUACUUCGCCUCAGUGAUCAGCAGCUUGCUGGCAGUGGCCUGGAUCGGACAGCAGGUGCACAACCUGUUCCUGACCUACCUGAUCGUGAGCUUCCUGCUGCUGCUGCCCGGCCUGAACCAGCACGGCGUUAUCACCAAGUACGCAUCCAUGGCCAAGAGGGAGAUCAACAAACUGCUCAAACAGAAGGAGAAGAAGAACGAGUAGGCGGACGUGUGGAGGGAGCCUCAGAAAGACGAACCACGACACGGAUUGGAACGUGGAAGGAAGUCGUAUGAAGAAAAGCGAGAGGAGAGCAGAAAAUUAAAGAGCAGCCUCCUGCUUCCUCGGUCUCAGCCGCAGAGGAAGACACGUGUUUAUUUUAUGUUCACACAUUGGAUAAGUUUCACUUCUCCCUCCCACCCUGUGACAUUUCCACCUCAUCACCCACUUAAUUUUUUUUUCUUUUGAAGUCAUCUGUCGUGCAUGCACCGACCACAAGUUCAUCUGAUUGUCACACGUUCAAACACAGUACUGACAUCAACAACACACACACACACACACACACAAAGUUGAAUCUUCCUUCUGUUUCCUAGUUUCAGUGUGCUUCAUUUUAAGAUGUCAGUAAUGCUUUUAAGCCAUUCCCUGUACUUGGACAAAGUGACUACUGAGCAGUUUUUGUAGCAUUACUGCAGCAUUUUAACCUCCUCAUAGUAACGACUUAUUUUCUCCACGUAGGAACAGGUCGUGUGAAUCGUACCGACCUUAAACUUUUGCUUAUUCUGCUUUGGUUGUAUUUAAAAAUUGUGCUGAAAACAAAACUGGAUUUAACGCAGAGCUCAUCAGGAGUGAAACUGUGUCUAGAUACAAGCCUACUGCUGUACUGCUGCUAGCCGGCCUCUGUGGUCUAUUAGCUCUUCUGUAAAGCCCCGCAGUGUUACCGGUGUGGGGUGUCUCUGUGUACAUAGACCUGUCCCCCACUCUGUCCCUGUUACUCAUCCUUUUCUCUGUUCUUGUUAUUUAUGUGUUCUUUCCUCCUCCGUCUCAUUGUUUGUGGUCUGAUCACUGUCUCUCAGCUCAUUUCAUUAUUUGUCUUUACUGGAGAUCUUUACAAACAUGAAUAAAGUUUGAUUUCAAUGAA